AUGGAUUAAGAACGAAAACGUCGUUGGAUCUAAACUUAGUAAUAGAAAUUGGAGGAUUUAAAAUCGAGAAAGUUUAUAGGGACUCAUCAUAUGAGAACUGACAAUAUUAGAUUGAGUCGUACAGAAAAAUUAAUUUAAUUGAAAUCCCCUACUAUUUUGAAACACUAAUAAACCUUAGCUAUAGAUGAAUAUAUUUCAAAGGGGGAUUGUAAAUUGAUCUUUCUGUAAUAACAAGGUGAAGAUGUGGGAUUCAAAACAUUCACAGAAAUGAUGAAAACUAAUUCAAGUUGGAUUAAUAAAGUAGAUCAAUUAAACCCAAAUGAAUCCACUCUCAAGAAUAGAUUGCAAUUUAAUUAUGUUUAAGCAAAUACUUUUAAAAGUUCUCUUAAUAAAAAAUGGAAUAGUACUGUCAAUGAAGUUACUGAAUUAUUUCAGAAAUAAGAAGAGUUGGUUUAGCUAUAAAAAGUGAAGAAAGUGAAAUUGAAGGUAAAAACUAUUAAGUAAGAGGAUGAAGAAGAGGAACAAGUUGAAAAUAAUGAAAGACCAUUUGAAAGUACAAAUAUCAUAAAAGUGUUUUGGUUUAAUAUACAAAUUAGUGAAUGGAAACCACCUAUAAGAGAAGGAUGUACAGUUACUUAUAUUCCAUCUCUUAAUAAGGCAUAUAUGUAUGGGGGUAUAGGAAAUGAUUUGUUCAAAAAUAUGAUAUAAUUAAAUACUUAAACUUGGACUUGGAAGGAUAUUGGAAUAGGUUUAGGUGAAGCUCCUUUAGAAGGAAGAUUUGGACACACAGCUACAUUUUACAAAUAAUAAAUAAUUAUAUAUGGAGGUGAAAAGAAAUAUAAUAAUGCAAUGAAAAUGAGAGAAUGUUAUGGAGAUGUUAGAAUGUUUAAUCCUUUAGAUAAAAUGUGGAAUCUUAUCAAAACAUCAGGAGAUUUGAUAGAAGGUCGAAGAAAUCAUAUAGCUUAAAGCAUAGGAAAAUAUUUUGUUGUUUAUGGAGGGAUCAAUUCAUAUGGGAAAAUAUUGAAUGAUGUAUGUGCAUUGAAUAUGGAGACAAAUAAAUGGUUUAUAAUGAAUUUAUUUCUAGGGCAGUACUUUAAGUAGAAAAUCAAUUUUAAGAUGGAGUUUCAGAUGCAUCCUCUGUGGCAUUAUUUGGUGGGGAAGUUAAAAUGGAAAAUCCAUAUUUUAGUUAUGAAUGUAAUAAGAAGAAAGGAAGAUAUCCACAAGUAAAUUGUGAAGGAAUUUAUAUUUAUGGAGGUAGAAUUUAAAAUGGAGAAGCAUCGAGUGAUUUAAGAGUCAUUUAAUUUGGGUUUAAACCCAUAAGAAUUAUUAAGAUAAAAACUAAAGUACUUUAAUCUCCUAAUGUAAGGGCUGUGCUCCAAUAGCAAGAUAUUCUCAUAGUAUGAAUUAUUAUCACCAAUUUAAUUCUUUGAUUGUCUAUGGAGGUAGAAAUGAUUCUAAGGAAGGUAAUAUUCUAAAUGAUUUAUUUGUUUUAUAAUUGUAAUAAUUGAAUUGGAUAAUGGUAUAAUAGAUUGGAUCAUUGAAACAUGGUAAGUGUAGUCAUUGUAGUAUAUCAAUUGAUUCUAAAAUCCUCAUUUUUGGAGGGUAUACCUAAAAUGUAUAUGCAAAUGCUGAUAUACAAUUAAUAGAAUUAGAUUAGAAUAGAGUGACAAAAAUGGCCAAAGAGAAUAAAAUUAAUAAUUAGUUAACUAUUACAAGUACAGAAUUAUUAACAAAUGCAAAUCUCAGAUUAUUUAAGACUGAAUAUUUUCAUGAAACAUAAGAACGUGAUCCUAUGGAUUCUAAGAGAACUUUUGAUAAUACUGCAAGAUUGAGCACUCUACAUCUCAAAACUUAUAUGCCUCUUCCAAUAGGGAAUAAUUCAUAAUUGAUAUAAGAUUACAAAUUAUUAAAGGAAAAAACAAGAAACUCUAAAAAUAAUAAUCUAUUUUUAAGUCAAUGA